AUGGUGCUUUGUCGUUUUAUUGGUCCUUGGAUAGCAUUGAAAUUUCCCCAGCAUGCAUUUUCGUUCCGCAGUCCGCCGAGGAGGUCGCCACGGCCGUGA